GAGAUUUCAAAAUGGCAGACGACUCGAAGCCAUUGAUGAGGACUCAGCAAACCACUGCUACCGAGGCCAAUGCAGUUUUCCAUGACAAAUAUCAGGGACCGCGAGCCAGGGCGUUGCAGAUUGUAUUCGUCAUUUUGGUUGCCAUUAUGGUGUUGGUCUGCGUCAUACUUUCCAUAUACCGAGGUAUCGUCGUUGGAGAAGAUGGCGGCUUGUACUUCAUGCUUGGAGUCAGUCUAGUCGGGUUUGUCGUCCUGGAAAUAAUAUUGAUAAUAUUUAUCCGACAAGGCGAACUGCCAAAAGAGAAGACGUGGUUCCUUUAUUUCCUCGGCAUGUGUGUGUUUUUGGAGGCCAUCUUUACAGACAUAUUGCUCUACAAUUGAGAAAAAAGACUGGUGCUUGACAAUUGUUGCUUAUCUGUGUUUUUCUAUUCUGGCGAUGUGGUUGCAUUCCAAUCAACACUCUUGGAAACACACAUCGCUAAUUUCCAAUAUUGUUGUUAAUUUAUUAUUCAUUGUUAUAGUGUUAAUGGUACAUUGAUCUGAUCGGUUGGCGAUUAGUCGCCUGUAUGUAUUGCAAUCGAUUGUUGUGCCAGCAGUUUUACUUGUAAUUUGAAUAAAUACUCUCGGUUUUAAUUUACAACGUUGUGCAAUGAUAGUGUAUUGAAGAAAGGUUUUAUGUCAUACGUUUUAUCAUUAAGAAAAUUGUACUGCCAAAUAUGUGUACUUUAGAUGUUAAUACGUGUCCUUCAUUGAUUGAAGGGGCAUAACUUAAACUCUUGAUAAUAACCAUAAUUUUUAAAAAAGGCGGGUUAGAAAUUAAGCCUGGGAUUUCUUUCAGUAAAAUAUAUCUCGAAAGUAAGUCCGCUUUGAAAAAGCCUUAAAAUAUGGCUCAGAUUCCUUUGCAGUCAAUUUUCUUUCACGAUAGGCUGCCUAAGUUUUGUUAAAUUGACAUAUACCUGGUAUAUCUUUGUAUAAAUAAAAAACCGAUUUGCUAAGCAUGUACUCUAUUCAGGGAAACUUUCGCUUAGUCAAAUAUUGGUUUAAACAGAGGUUCAAAUACUAUUUGUUCCUUUAUAGAUAUGUCUGACCGACUGGAAUAGUUUGAAUCACCAAUAUUUCACGAGAUAUAUAUGUCAACGUUAAUUAAUAUAUAGUGAAUGAAGGUUUAAUAACUGGUAAAAUGUGUUCAUAUAUUUUUCAUACAUAAACAAAAUCAAUGUGUGUGACUGUCUUUCUCUUUUAGCAAACUCAAAAUACUCCCAAACACGGCGUGGAAAUAAGUUUUAUCGAAAUUGAUAUUAUAUACAGUAACCGGGCUUCACAGAUUGUGUUUCACAAUACAUUGACAUAAUACCACUGACAAGUCUUUAAUAGACGAAAUGGCCAUACGCUGCAAUAUAACAGAUUAGCUUGGUUUGGCUUUCUGCAUUGAGUAACUUCAUUUUCAAAUGGAAUUUUUAAUUUUGAAUUUCCAGUAAUGCUAUUAAAAUCGCCCAUUCUUCUUUUAGUAAUUGCAAAACGUUUUCUGGGUUUUUGAUAAUAUUUUAACGCUUUAACUCGCAAAAUAUCAAUUAAUACGUCAUGGUUGUUCUAUCGCAGUCUACACAAAAUGUGUUUUUAAGUACUUUAAUUGCUAUCUUUUGUAAAUGUGUUACAUAUGGUUAAUUUAAGAUUUAAAAAAUGAAGCCUGAUGAAGUACCUGUUUAGGUUGGCCUGAAUACAACGUCGAGGAGAUAUUUAAAUUAGCCGUUAAUUUACAUUGUAAUGUGUGUUGUGGAACUAUGCCGUGAACACCCUGUUCACACAAUAACGGUACUAGUAUACAUAUAUAUAUCGCCCCUGUAUGUAGAUUAUGUUUAUUUAUGUGUUGAAAUGUGAUAUUGAUGUAACAUUAAAGAACGGAGUUCUGU